AUGAUGUGUGGAGAGAAAGAGACAGGCACAUAAAAGAGCGAAAGCGAGAAUGACAGUCGGUCAAAUUUGAACGUAAACAAACCGGCAUCAUCAUUCCAGCAUCGUUGUCGGCCAAGUCAAGUUAAACAUUGUUAGUUCAGUUAACAAAAUAAGAGUUUAUUCCAAGUGUUUUAAGUGAAAAUGGAGAACGUGAAGCGUGCUAGGAAAAGUGGUAUGCUAAGCAAGCUUGGGCAGGCGAUAAGGGAGGAGUGCGAGCGAGAAUGGGAAGCGGAAAACCAACCAGGAACCAACCGACGCCAAGAAGCACCAGUGAUUGAAAUUCCGCAUGCUGGUUCGGAAUUCGUUGAUGAGAAUGCCUCCGAUGAAGAAGUAUUUGACGACGAUGAGCCCGAAGAAGAAUGGUUGGAGGAAUGGCUGAACGAAAGUGACGAAGAUGAAGGCGAAGAUAAUCAGCAUACAGAAAAUUAUGUAACGGAUCCUCAAUCUUAAAACAUAUUAUCAAGGAAAUUACGAAUGUGGGCCCUAUCUCAUCGAAUAACCCACACAGCUAUAAAUGAUUUGCUUGGGAUCAUA